CACAGUGAAGACAUGGCUACAGAGGCGGCGAGGGAGCGCAGCGGGCUGGCACCGCGGCCACGGGACAUCUAAGCAGAAAAUUUAACCAAAAAAAAAAGAUAUAAUAAUAUUAGAAUCGGUGGGAGGUGAGCAAAGCAGGAGAGAGAGAGAAAAAAACAGGAAAGUGGAGGGGGUAAAAAAAGUAUUGGGGUUGGCGGGGGGAACAAUAGGGCGAAUACGGGAAAAUAAAUGAAUGAAUGAAUGGAAAUGCAAAGGGCAAAUGCGCUUUUUGAUGUGGAGAUCUCACAGAGAAAGGACAGAUAGAUGUCUGGUGUAAAACGGUGCGUGAACCAUGAAUGCACAGCUGACGCUGGAGAGCCUGGGCGAUCUACACGGAGUACAUCAUGAGGUGGUGCAGCCCGGAGACUUGCUGAGCAGCCCCGGCCCCCACGGCCGCCCGAUCGCCCACCGCAGUUUGCCGGUGCACGCCCGCUCCAUGGUGUCCAGCAUGGCGUCUAUGCUGGACGGUGGCGGGGACUACCACCGGCCCCCGGACCACGGCUUGGCCGCCCCUCUGCACCCCACCAUGACCAUGGCUUGCGAGACGGUGCCCGGCAUGAGCGGCACCUACACCACCCUCACCCCGCUCCAGCCGCUGCCUCCCAUCUCCACCGUGUCCGACAAGUUCUCCCACCAUCACCAUCACCACCACCACCACCACCAGCGCCUGGCGGGCAACGUGAGCGGCAGCUUCACCCUGAUGAGAGACGACCGCGGCUUGUCCACCAUGAACAACCUCUACAGCCACUACCACCACAAGGAGAUGAGCGGCAUCGGCCAGAGCCUGUCGCCGCUGAACGGUUCCCCGCUGACCAACGGCCUCGGCUCCAUCCACAACCCCCAGCACGGUCUGUCACCCUACGGCCACUCGGCCCCCAUGGCCACUGACAAGAUGCUGACCGCCAACGGCUUCGAUGGACACCCCGGCAUGCUGGGCAGGGCCGAGCAGCACCUGAGCCGCGGUCUCAGCCCCUCGUCAGUGGGCAUGGUGUCCAUCAACGGACUGCACCACCACCCCCACAUCCACCCACACGUUCAGGGACACGGGCCGGUCAGAAGCGACCAGCCGCCCCCUUCAUCCAACGGGUCGCAGCAGGCGGGCGGCGGCGGGUCGAACCAGUUGGAGGAGAUCAACACCAAGGAGAUCGCGCAGAGGAUAACCACCGAACUGAAGCGAUACAGCAUCCCGCAAGCCAUCUUCGCGCAGCGGGUGCUGUGCCGCUCCCAGGGCACCCUGUCCGACCUACUGAGGAACCCGAAGCCCUGGAGCAAGCUCAAGUCGGGCCGGGAGACCUUCAGGCGCAUGUGGAAGUGGCUGCAAGAACCAGAGUUCCAGCGAAUGUCGGCCUUGCGCUUGGCAGCGUGCAAAAGAAAAGAGCAGGAGCAUGUGAAGGAGAGAGGCGCCGCACCCAAGAAGCCUCGGCUGGUCUUCACGGAUGUUCAGCGCAGAACUCUCCACGCAAUAUUCAAAGAAAACAAGCGUCCGUCCAAAGAAUUGCAAAUCACCAUUUCCCAACAGCUGGGGUUGGAGCUGAGCACCGUCAGCAAUUUCUUUAUGAACGCGCGUCGGAGGAGUUUGGAUAAAUGGCAGGACGAUGGCAGCUCCAACUCAGUCAAUUCAUCUUCCUCAUCAAGCACUUGUACCAAAGCAUGAAUGGGAACCCCCCCCCGGACUAAACCUCGGUGGAAUAGCUUUAAAAUAAACGACCAGGACCUCCAGGAAGCAGGUUUAAUUAAUGAACUCAGACAGUAUCAUAUUUAUAUACCCAACGAAACCAAAGACUUAAUUAACCUGCAUUAAAGCCUCCGUUCUACAACACUUUAUUAAGACUUUUUGCAAAAAAAAAAAAAAAAGGAAUGGGGCCGCUGGCUGUACAUGUUCACCAU